UGGGGGGCAUAGCGCUGCCUCUCCAGAAUCAGCAUCAACGUAGAGGCGCGGCAACCAGAAAAGAGUGUUGAUUUGGUCAGAAUCUCAGCACAAACAAGAUUGAAUGAUUAAUCAUGCCAAAAUGUGGCCGCUUUUAAUUCAGCUGAGGGCGUUGCACCUGUCUGCGGGAUCAAAUCACCAGGAAUAGCACAUACUGUCUGACGUUUUCAGACAACAUGGGCAACCAGGAAGCUAAACAAAAAAAAUCUGCAGCGGCAUCUGGUAAUGGAGACUACCCUUCACUGCAAGAGGGAUGGAGUGAGGGAGGAGGAGAUGUGACAAAACGUGGUGGAAAGAAACAGCAUGGUAAGAAUGAAAUCAACACCAGAGGAGGAGGAGGAAGAACGCAUGGCACAGGUCCAAUCAAGAGGAAAAACAAAUGUGAGUCCAAAUCCUCCGUUUUUUCCAUCCGGAAGAAAAAGGGUCAUCUCAAAGGUAAAGACACGUGCUCUUCAGUAACAGGCUCCAGUGAAGAUGUGCUCACAUCGCAGCACAAUUUGAAAACACCUGACCUGUCUGCCGAUGAGCUCGGGCCAUCGGACACUGAGCCGGAAAACAACAAGAAAGAUCUAAACGCGGGCAAAAAUGAGCGCGGUCCACGAAAUGCGGCAAAAUCGAGAGCGACGGAAUCGGUGGCGGUCUCUCCCACGGAGGAGGGAGGUCAGAAAGAAGGAUGCUCCGGAUCUGACACUGACAUUUACAGCUUCCACUCAGCGGCAGAUCAUGAGGAUUUGCUAGCAGACAUCCAGCUUGCUAUCAGGCUCCAAUGUGGAGGGCUUGAUGCGGUUACUGGGUCCCAGGUUCAAGAGGCAAAGAGAGUACCGAGCAAUGGAUUACCCCCUACUGAAAUGCUUGACUUGACACCUGAACUCGAGCUCGGAUCAGAUGCGUUGUCUUUUUUGGAGGUCAAACCCCUGCCGGGUACAGAUAAACUUUGUGAGAAACCAGAAGAAUUACAGUUCUCCCUAAUUCAGGAAUCCAACAGCAGGGAAGAUGGGGUAGAUGAAACAGAAAGGGGUUUAGAGAUAAAUGGGAAUGAAGAAAAGAUGAGAAAUACCUCUUUUAGUUGUACUAAAGUCACAAAAGACCAACAUACUUGGGUGCAGCAGUCCCCGCCCACAGUUAUUGCCAUCGCUACUGCCGAGGGGGCUCCACUCAACCCAGUUACUAUGACAACUGGCAUUGACAGCUUCCCUGAUCUGACAUUGGGCAACACUGGCACACAAUGGGAUCAGGAAGCAGGAGGUGACCAAAGCCAAGCUGUUGUGAGUGAAUCUCCAAUUCAUCCGCAACAAAAAGGAAAUUUUUCAGGGAACAUGUUUGAAGAAAAUGGGAGUGCUGAGUCACUUGUAGAAUGCUCGAGUAUCGUAUCAGAAAGUAACCACUUAGAUACUACUGACACCAGUGGUUCCCACUCCAAGAGGAACAGUGUUUGCUUCACACCUUGCCAAGGAAGCCCCACAAUGGUAAAACACAUGCACAGGUCCAACCAGGCUUCUCCCUCAAACUCUGUGGUGAAACCCUACCCUCCCGUCUUCCCUUCAUACAUCAAGACCACCACUAGACAACUCAGCUCGCCGGGACACUCACCAGCUCUGUCUCCCUCCCAUAGCCCCAUGUCAGCAAGAAGAGCCCAUCACAAUUUCCAAAGGAUAAUUUGUGGUGAUCAGCAAUUAUUACCAAGGCAGUGCUACCGAACAAAUGCUGGUCCUCUAAGUCGCUCGGCUGACUGGACAGAGGAGCUUGAGAGGAGAAUGAGAUGCAAGCACAGCAAUGGCGAUGCUGGGAAUUUAGAAGACUGCCGAUACAGAGGUGGAGGUAGCCAACCCAUUUGCAUAACCAGAAGAACUUCAUGUGGACAAGUUGCUGCAUGCAGCCUCCAAGAUGUCUUUGCAGGUAGAACCCUCUUGGAGAAACUGUUCCUUCAACAGCAGGAGGAGGAGCCAGAAGAAGCUGAGAGGCUAUGCUCCAGAAUAUUAGCCAUGGGUCUUCUUCUUCCUUUUACCGAAUGCUUCAGACAGCAGCUGGGAGCCAACUCUGCAAACAUCACCUCUACAGGAUCAGCAAAGUUCCAUCAAGAUCAGCUGUAUACAUGGGCAGCUGUUAACCAGCCAACCGUUUCUGUUGAGCCUGUCGACGGGAAGCCACCACGACAUCUUAAACACUCCAAGCCUUGUGGAGACAGGACUGAAGUAAAAGCCACAGAUCCUGAACAUAAUACAGGCAUCUUGGGUUUCAAGCAACAACCAGAUGAAAACCAAAUCUGUCAGGAGGAGGUUUUCCUAAAAGCAGCCAAACUGAAGGAGAAACAUGUCAAUGUCAUCCAACAACUGGAGCAAACGAUUGAAGAUCUCAGGACCAAGAUUGCUGAGCUGGAGCGGCAGCCCCCUCUGCUAGACAGGGACAUACAAACAGACAAGGGGGUAGAGGAAGGUUGCCUUUCAAGCACAGUGUGUGACGCUCAUUUCCAGACUGAAGCAGCUGACUUUAUGGCCUCCCUGGAGGCCAAAUCCGUGCAGACAUCACCGAUGGAUGAUGGCUUUAAGUUUAAAGUGCCUAAUGGCGAGACAGGUGGAAUUAAUGGUUCCCUACAACUCCCACUUAACCAGUGUUCAUGCCAGCAGCAGCAAUCCUCACUUGCACUUCCAGGUGGACCUUCUGUUCCAUUGCCCGAACAGAUAACAGUCUCUAUGCCACCACCUGUACCCCCCAUACAAGUAGGUUUACAACCACCACCGCCACCACCACCACCUCCUCCUCAUCUUCUUGCUGGACCUCCUCCACCUCCCCCACCUCCUCCACCUCUCCCUGGUGGUCAUGCACCACCACCACCACCACCUCCUCCUCCUCUCCCUCCUGGACUUGCUCCACCCCCACCUCCUCCGCCUCCACCUCUCCCUGGUGGUCAUGCUCCACCUCCUCCUCCUCUUCCUGAUGGACCAGUUCAACCACCUACUUAUUUCCCUGGCAGUGUUGCUCCACCGCCACCUCCACCUCUCCCUGGUGGUCUUAAUUUACCACCACCUACUUGUCUUCCCCCUAGUGGAAUAACACCACUACCGCCUCCACCCCUCCCUGGCAGCGUUGGUCCACCCCCACCUCCUCCAUUUCCUAGUGGGACCAGUGGACUUCCACGACCCCCUCCUCCACCUGGAGCAGUUUUUCCAGCUCCCUCAGGCGCGCUAGGCUCCUUGCCUCCUCCCCUGCCAAUGGGGCUAUAUACUCUGGGACUCACCCAAGAGAAAGCCCCUCGGAAAGCAGUUGUGGAGCCUCCUAGACCCAUGAAGCCACUGUACUGGACCAGAAUCCAGUUGCACACUAAAAAGGAAAUGUCCUCUUCAUCUGUGUGGGAGACAAUAGAAGAGCCUGAUGUGAAUUUUGAGGAGUUUGUAGAGCUGUUUUCCAAAACAGCCGUCAAGGAGAAGAAGCAGCCACUCUCUGACACAAUCACUAAGUCCAAAGCCAAACAGGUUGCCAAGCUCCUAAACAACAAACGAUCACAGGCAGUAGGAAUCCUUAUGUCCUCGCUACACCUUGAUAUGAAAGAUAUCCAGCAUGCUAUAUUAAACUUGGACAAUACAGUAGUUGACCUGGAGACCCUUCAAGCGCUUUAUGAAAAUAGGGCAGUGCCAGAGGAAUUGGACAAGAUUGAAAAACACGUGAAAUCCACUAAAGACAAGGAGAAUGCUAAACCUCUGGACAAACCUGAACAGUUUCUCUACCAGCUCUCCCAGAUACCAAGCUUCUCUGGUCGAGUCUUUUGUAUUCUCUUCCAGGCUAGCUUUGCUGAGUGCAUGACAUCCUUGAUGAGGAAAUUGGAUACAUUGCUGAGUGUAUGCAAGGUGUUACAGGAAAGUAAGAAGGUGAAGCAGGUGCUGGGUCUGGUGCUGGCCUUUGGCAACUUUAUGAACGGAGGAAAUCGUACUCGAGGCCAAGCUGAUGGUUUUAGCCUUGACAUCCUUCCCAAACUUAAAGAUGUCAAGAGCAGUGACAGCAAGAAAAGUCUUUUGUGUUACAUAGUAGCAUACUACCUGAGGAAUUUUGAUGAGGAUGCUGGCAAAGAAACUUGUGUUUAUCCUCUCCCCGAGCCUCACGAGUUGUUCCAGACUUCGCAGAUGAAGUUUGACGACUUUCAGAAAGAUCUUACUCGACUCCGGAAAGACCUUAGAUCGUGUACAUCAGAGGUAGAAAAAGUGUGCAAAGCCUCAGACGAAGAUAAUCUACAGCCUUUCAAGGACAAGAUGGAUGAUUUUAUCUCAGAAGCUAAACAUGAGCUUGAAGCACUGGAAACUCAUCUCACCAGCACACGCAAACUAUUCCUAGAGCUCACAGUAUUCUACUCGGUGAAGGCAAAGGCAGGGGAGAAGGAGGUUUCACCGAACACCAUUUUUUCUAUCUGGUAUGAGUUUUCUUCUGACUUCAAGGAUCUGUGGAAGAAAGAAAAUAAAUCCAUUCUGAAGGAGAGGUUAAAAGUAGCUGAGGAGUGUUUCCGUCAAGCCAAAGAACGGGCUUCCUACAGUGUCAAACCCAAACAUGCUACAGGAAUUAAAGCGAAGCUUGGCAUGAAGAUUUGACUGACAGGACUUUGUCACUUCUGUUUGAUGACUAAUUUGAAAGAGGCCCCGCUCUGUUCUCGAGAUCGUAUCCCCAGAGAAUUUUACCGAUUAACUUGCUGACAUGACCAACAGUGAUCACACCAUUCACAGAAAUUUGAUCUUUUUUGAUGGCUAAAGUAGGGGGGAAAACUAUGCAGUCGAUGGCAUUCCAACCAAGGGUGUAGGUUUGGGCUCAACAUUGGUAGGGACAGUAUAACAGCAUAACACGCAUGUACACUUUUUGCUGGGGACAGGACAUUAAUAAGACCAAACAGAUUGGGUAAACAGGGGUCAGGGCUACAUUUCAAAUAUGAACCAAAUGCAUUGAUAGGCUAACUGAUCAUUGCAAAAUAAAUCUGUAUUGAGUGAUACCAGUGCUUCUCAAUUAUUUUCUGUCACACCCCUCAUAGGAAGACAAUAUGCGCUCAUGCGCUGGUCCUCAUUGGUAACGCAGUCUUUUGUCCACCAGCGUCGCUAAAAUCGACCAAAACUGAAAAGUUACCAGGUGUUGCUUUAAGACCACAUAAACAAAACAAAAAUGAAAAUUGGGUAAAAGCGGGUAAACCUGGGUUCACUACAUUUCUCACAGUUUAAUUAACAUUAACAGCAGAAAAUACAUACAAAAGUGGAGAAGACUUCUCUCUAAGCAGCUUCCUACUUCAGUUUCAGUUUAUUCGCACAUCAUCAAAUACAGUACAUGAUCAUACACUAGCAGUUCACAUGUUAAGAUGGGCGAAUAGGACACUCCAAAGAAGCUAUUCAAAGCUUUUAACAGGGGCCCAGUUAGACAACACACACACACACGCACGCACACACGCACACACACACACAUACAAUUAACUGGAUAAUUUCAAAAUUUUGGUUACAUUGGAUUUGAUAUGAGACACUACUUGAGGUUUGCAGGUUAGCAAAUUCACACAGUUUAAUGUUAUGCAAACUGAUGCAGGUUGUAGCAAAAUUUCAGUAGCAAAAUCAGUGGUGUGUUCCUCACCUCCAUAACAUUGACGCAUUUUGACAUUACUUACAGUGGCUGCUGCUGGCUGAAAAAAAAACCUUCUAAUAUCCCUCCUCUUCGAAGGGGGCGAAUGAGGCGGCAUGUUUGCGACGCGUUGUAUUUUCGUCGGGUUUGUGUGUGUGUGUGGGGGGGGGUCAAGUCAUCAGCCAAUCAAACGUGAGUUUGAGGGGGAAAAAAUGGACUAGCACAUUCAGCAAGUGAAAAGGGGGUAAAAUAAGUCUGAACAUAAUGAAAAUAAUUCACUUAAUAAUGGUAGGGUCAAUUGUAUCCUUACAACAUAUGGGAAGGCAAUCUAAAUUACCUAUAUAACUGAACUCAUUAAAAUGCACAUAAGGUUGCUUAGAAGUUGGUGGGGACAAUUUGAGCAUCCUGAAAAGUUGGCCGUGUUAUGUCCCUAACAUCCCUAUGCAAACCUACGCCCUUGAUUCCAACAUUUUUAGGACAUAUUAGCCAAGAAAGUUAAAGUGCCCCUCCAGACCUAAUGGUCCCGCCCAGUUUCCUAGCACAAACUUUCUGUAAUCGCCUGAAACAUACGAGCAGCCAAUAGUGGCAGUCUGUCCAGUAGAUCUGACAUAGUCCCCAUCCAAACAGUGCCUGCCCCUACUGAGCUCCGAGAACCUUUGGGCCCGGAGUGUGACAUCACACGAUGUGACGAUACUGUGACGAUGAAUGGCAUCGACUUGUCGCUACAGUUAACAUUUCACCCCAGACGGCUACAAAAAUUGACUAUCGUAGUAGAUGUGUUUUGUGUCAAGGUUUCAGUUGAAGCCGUUAGCUGUGCUAACGACAUUCUCUGAAGGAACUUGUGGGACACCAGCUGCUAUUAUUAUUAGCAAAUAGCUAUUAGCCUAUAUCUCCCAGUCCACACUGCUCGAUCCCCACCAUAUCUUAAUAUAUUCACCUUCCUCGACAUAGGAAUGUUCUCUGCUGGGCAAGGAUAAACAUAUCCAUACUAUGGUUGUGUAUUUUUAUCGUACACUCACUGGGUAUAAAAUGUUACGGUGUGUAAGGUGGUGAGGAGAGGUGACAAAUGCCUUCACAAUAGGCUCUGGUUAGUAGUGUCUCACUACUCAUCACAUACUUUCUACUUGACAAGCAUACACUGGCAAAAUGCAUUUCAGUUCAAUCAGGGCUAAAAAUACCAUCGUUGACUAAAGCGUAUUCCAAACUGCCCUUACUGUUCAAAUACACAAUAAAUAACUUUUGCUUAGUA